AUGCUACUCGCCUAUUCUUUAAUCCUGAUUUGGCUGAAGUAUUUGAUUUCAAAAACAGUAUGGUUGACCAAGAUAUCAAUGGAACACAACCAUUGUUUAUUGCUAAUGAGGACAAGGGUGUUUCAUUGGAAUAUGAUUUUAUGCGGCUUACUAAGAGAUGCACUAUUGAGGAACUCCAUGAUAACAAUGAGGAAGGGUCUUUUGUGAUUUUGGGUACUGUGAGAUCUAUUGUGGAUGAGGGACCUUGGUGGUAUUCAGCUUGUGUUUGUGAGAAGUCAAUUCAGCCUCAAGGUGGUGCAUAUUAUUGUGAUUUUUGUCAGCACUAUGUUACCAAUGUGACUCCUAAAUAUAGGAUCAAAAUAGCUAUUGAGGAUGAUAAUGGGCAUGGUGUAUUUGUCUUAUUCGAUCGUGAGGCUGCUUACUUAUUUAAAAAAUCAUGUGCUGAUCUGUUUGGAGAGGUUUAAAAGGAUGCAAGUGUUGUUUGUGGAGAUAGUUAUCCUGUGAUGUUCCAGCAAUUGCUGGAAAAAAAUGCUUCUUAAUAUAGAUACCAAGAGUGUUGGUGCAGACAAAUAUUUCGAAACUUUCCGUGUAAGAAGAGUUUGCGAUGAUGCUGCUAUUAUUGCCAUGUUUGAGUUGCCUAACUAUAAUGCGGAUGAUGAGCAUACGAAGGAUGGUUAUUUGGAAAAGAUCCCUUCAAGUGACCAUGGAUAUAUUGUUGGCAAGAAGGAUCCGUGUGAGGUGCUGGAUGAGGGUAUCACUUCUGAUGGGAAUUGUUCCAAUAUAAAGACAAACUGCAGGCCUUUGAUUGAUUUUCUUGGUGAAAAGGGUGCUGAAAUUCCUAGAUUGGAUGAUAUAAGUAGUGAAGUUGAUAUUAUAAAAGAGAAAGGGAAAAUUGUUGAUGAUAGUGUACUUGUUGAUAGGAAGUGCAGCCUCGAAAUUGAGGUCCUCUUGAAUUCUCCUCCCAGGAAAACUACGGAUGUACUUUCUGCUGUUCUUGAUGGAUCCCAUGUUCACGUGAUCAAGAAAGAGACUGUUUACAAUCCUCCUAGGGGUGGAAAGGUUAAGAGAAAUCUGAAGAAAGCUUUUGAUGAUGUUGCUGAUGAGGAGCUUGGCCCAACUUCCAAGGUUCUCAAGAACUGUGAUCUUUGAGAUGU